UCUGUGAGGGGCGUAUUUUGAGACGAAGGGAGGUUGCGCAUUGAACGCAGCGUCGUAAACUAUUUUGCUAUCCAGCCCCAGCCAAAGGCUUGUGGAUUUUAUUUGUUCGUUUGCACACCCGUUCAAAUUCACUUUUCAACUGUGCGCCUUUUUGGUUAACACAAUUUGAACUCUAACAGAGAGGUGAACAUGGGUUUAUUUAUUUUGGACAAGCGCGGAAAGGUGAAGGAUAACGCCAUAUGUUUAUUGUAACGGAUAAUAAUAACGGACAUUUGGACUUGAUGGCCAAAGAGCCUUGACAACUGUUGGCGGUUACUGUUGUGUUUGUUCUUCGAUGAAUUUUCACAAUGACAGGUGACCAGCUGUUGAAUCUCCGAGGAAAACUCUCCUCAUUUUCUCUCUGGCUAUCUCUGCUCUCUAUCCCCGCAGCCUCCGACUCUAUUUCACCAGAGUUUCUAUCCUGAACCUGUUUGUUAUUUUACACGAUAAACAUUACGAUGGAUAAUGAGGAAUGUGUCAUUUGUUACAUAAUAAAACGAUGCGGCGAGUUCCCAGCACCUGUUGAACAGUGACAAGCCUACAUUAUGGCCUACCGGAGCGGCUGCUGUUGUGGCUUCGGUCCCUUCAACGAGGAUAACGCCAGGUUCCUAAUGUUAGCGGUGUUUAUAAUCCUCUACCUCCUCUGCGGUGCCGCUGUCUUUUCAGCACUGGAACAGCCGAUGGAAGCAGAGGCGAAGGACCGCUGGGCGCAGCGUUUUGAACAGUUUAGCCAAAAGAAUAACCUGAGCAAGAAGGAGCUGGACAACUUCUUGAGGAACUACGAGGAGGCGAACUUGGCCGGGAUUCGCGUGGACACUAUCAGACCUCGGUGGGAUUUUACCGGCGCGUUCUACUUCGUGGGGACUGUGGUCUCGACCAUAGGGUUUGGAAUGACGACGCCAGCGACCAUCAGUGGUAAGAUCUUCCUCAUCUUCUACGGCCUGAUCGGCUGUGCCUCGACCAUCUUGUUCUUCAACCUCUUCCUAGAGCGCGUCAUCACCGUCAUCGCCUUCGUCCUCAAGUCCUGCCACGAGCGUCGCCACCUUCGCAAGGCCGUGCUUCCGCAAAAUGGCCGCCGACGCCUCUCCGAGGGCAGCGGAAGAGGCGGCAGGGGAGAGGGGCUGGCUGGGUGGAAGCCCUCGGUGUACUGUGUGAUGUUGAUCCUGGGCGCCGCCGCCAUCUUGGUAUCCUGCUGUGCCUCGGCCAUGUACUCUGCUGUAGAAGGCUGGGGCUACCUGGAUUCUCUGUACUACUGCUUCGUAGCGUUCAGCACCAUUGGGUUUGGGGACAUGGUGAGCAGCCAGAUGUUUGCGUACGACGAGGGGAAUGAGAGCCAGACGGCGUACCGGGUGGGUAACUUCCUGUUUAUUCUGACAGGAGUUUGCUGUAUCUACUCCCUGUUCAACGUCAUCUCCAUCGUCAUCAAACAGGUGCUGAACUGGCUGCUGAGGAGGCUGGAGGUGCCAUGUCGCUGCCCAGGGAGGGGGCACCACCAACCGCACCCCAGACACCCCCGCAGGAACGUGGUAGUGCCCGGACACCUGAGGGCCAGGCGGGACCUGUCCAUCGAGACGGACGCGGUGAACGACAGCGAGGCGGACGGACGGAGGAUGUCUGGAGAGAUGAUCUCCAUGAAAGACUUCUUGGCUGCCAAUAAGGUGAACCUGGCCAUCAUGCAGAAGCAGCUGUCAGAGAUGGCUAACGGUCACCCUCGCCAGUCAAGCUCCAGCUCCCGCCACAAUGGCUUCUCCGGAGGGGUGGGCGCCCUGGGCAUCAUGAACAACCGCCUGGCAGAGACCAGCGUGGACAGAUAGGCCUACACCUACGUAUACACAUAAGUCAGACUGAUUGACUGGCCAGAGAGACAGUCACAAGAAAUCAGGACUUCCUCUAAAAAUUCAUUGGUUUUAAUUGAACAAAUAGAGAAAUGUACAAUACCCAAAUCAAUUCCAGGAGAAUAAUUGACCCCAUGGACUAAAGCCUGGCCAGGCCACAUCAGUUCAGAAUAUGUCACGUACACCCCGCACAUCCAAUCAAGCUGCGAAGGGAAAGGAAGUGCAGUGGCAUUCAGUGUGCAGGAAGUUUGCUGUUUCAUAACUGUAGGGACAAUGUAAUACAAUACGUCUGCCCUACUUAAUCAAGCUGUCCAUCGCAGGAGAAUAAUUGACCUGAAGUACCAACCUAUACCGCAACGAGGUUCCACUGUAAGAGAACUCUGCCUGCCGCCACCCAUUCUUCUCUGAUGCAUGCUGGUUCAUCAGGCAGUGUCUAUGUGCGUGCGUGCAUGAGUGUGUUGGUGUGCGCGCGUCUCCUUCACCCACAACUGGAUCACAACCAACUGUAGCUACUGCUGGAAUCUGGUGGUUAGUUACUGAGGCAGUUUCCAUGGAGACACCACAGAAUACAGAAAGCUACCCAAAGACAUUGUAGCUGAGUGGUUUCAAACUACCCUAUCAUAUUCUUCAUAUCACUAGCGAAUAACAGCUAGCCAACAGACUGCUCAUCACCACGACUACAAACACCCUAUACUGUCAUCUUGAUUAAGAAGACCCACCACUCGCCUGCUUUUCAGAGAAAACACCUGGAGGGGAAGUAGCCUUCUGAGAAAAAUACUGAAUUUCCACUGUGUGUAAGAAACCGCAACCAAUCUAUAAGGGGAGACAGCCUUAUGAAAAGGCAGGCAAGACUUUUAGAGACAGCAGAAUGUGGCAAACAGAAACACUGUCUAAAUAUCAUGCUUCUGUCUGAGUGGUUAUGGCUACAGACUUGUUAUGUUCAUCAGCUGUAAUGGGUUUUCUAUUGCACUGCCACCUCUAACUUGUUAUCUGUUAUGUUUGAGACAUAGUGCAAUGGACAAUAACACCCAGCACAGCACUGCACCAUUACAAACUAAUGGAUAUCUAUUUAUUCUAUCCAAAAUGAAAAACAGAAUUCUAUUCUUUAGAGAUUUCAAUUUAGAGUGUAUUAUCAGAGGGCUGUUAUCUUGCUGUUUCAUCACACUAUGUGGAAGCACCAUAAGGCAGCAGCAUACGGACUCUAACAAUGAAGUAUCACUCUUUUGUCCAUAUCUAUCUGGACCUGGCCAGCAUGCUCAUAUUAAUGCUAUGAAAAACAAGUCUCUCUCGAAGGUUAUUUCAGGGCCUUUUUCUCAUUCUUUCCAUGACAGGGGUGUUAUGUUCUCAUUCUAUUCUGAAACUGGAACGAGAGAAAGAGAGAGACAAGUGAGAAAGGGAUCUGUGAGAAAAAAAAAUGGACGGUUGGGUGAAAGACAAAACGGAGAAGUAGAAAUGGACAGAUCUUUGAAAAGGAGAGCCAGUUUUGGGGAAAGAAAGCAGUAAUGAGCAGAAAGAGAGAGAGAGAGAGAGAGAGAGAGAGAGAGAGAGAGAGAGAGAGAGAGAGAGAGAGAGAGAGAGAGAGAGAGAGAGAGAGAGAGAGAGAGAGAGAGAGAGAGAGAGAGAAGAGCAGAACUGUUCAGAUCACAGUCUACAUUAUGGAUUGGGUUGGAGCAGGGGCGACAUACGCCUCUUCACACGCCUUGUUGAACGCACCGAACAAGAUGCUCAAAUUAUACAUGGUGCUAGUGAGACAGACUCCUACAGAUUUACGUCACAGCGAGCUUUCGUGCUGAAUGUCUCAAUACCCAGCUAGUUAUUCCGAAAAGCCGCAGAGAUAAGAAAAAGCCCAUUUAUCAUGUCUUCCCUGUUACCUCUAAUAACGCACUACAGUGGAGAAGCAGUAUAACAGGUGUGGCGGUCUGAAUACAGCAUAGCCCACAGUAUGAGUCAGCAAAUUAAUGUGACCUGAUAUUUUUGUACCAAAUGGAGAUCUAAUUUCAUGUCACGAUUUGAAACGGUGGUACAGUAUAUUAUUGAGAAAAUGACACAACUCUGCUACUUAUUGUCACUAGCAGAUUUGUUUUUGCUACUUUGUAAUUUCAUCCAUUUUGAAACAACCAAUGUAUCAUUGGGUGACUAUACUGUUGACAAAGAAAUUACAAUUAACUGUAGAGUACUGACAAGAAUGUGACAGAAAAAAUAUGGAUACGCCUGAAAUUAUCUUGUCUGGUGGUCUUGUUUGUAUGUUGUCCCGUUGGGACUAACUUUAUGACAAAGAGAACAGUAGUUGGCUAGCCUCUACCAGGCUUUCACCAACAUGAGCGAGACCUGGGAGCUGAGGCUAGUAGUUGGCUAUUGUCCCUCAGGAGGGAGGCAGAGAGAGGGUGAGUGAGCCUCUUCACCGCUGCCUAGCAAACAGGAGGUGUGAGAAGAGAAGGUGCGUUAUUCAAAGCUCCUGUCAAAUCACAUGUAGUCACAAUAGCUCUUUGUGGAGUUCCUAGCUGGAGUUGAGUGUUAAGUGGCUGCCCACUCACUAUUCCCUUUAUGCCCAUUCCCAAGAACACUGCCGCCACACAGGAUAAACACAUAUAGCUAACAUAAAUACAGAAGACUUGAGAUAUGACGAAAUAGAGAUGAGGUGUUGAAAAGCUAGAGACUGGAGAUGUUCUUCCUAUUGGGGCCAUGGGGUUGUGAAACUAAUGUCCCUGCACGUGUAACAUCAAGAAUGUUAAAAGGUGCUGACAUACUAGAGCUAGAUAGGCUAUUUUGAGUCUGGUGUGGUUAAUGCUUGUCCGGGGUAAACAGUCUUACAAAGGCUCUUGAAUUAGACCAGACAGAUGCACAUGAGGUGAUGACUGGCGUAGAAAGACUGGCUUCUUCAUUCGAUUAGUAAAACCCCAGUCAUUAUGUGAAUAGGAGUAAAUUGCUGCAACAAUAAGUCUAUCAAUCACAAUCCCAUUAUGAAGCAUGUGCGAAUGAGGGUGAGCGCAGAGAGCUGAGAGAAAUGGUGGGAGUUGUGCAUUAUCUCAAUGGCUUAUGAGAGCUCCCAUGCGGCUAUUGGGUAGAAGUGAAUUGGGAUACAGCAUGAUUAACAUACGGUAUCUGUGAGUCAUCAUCUCAAUUCAAUGCAUAGGCCUAGUCGAGUAAAUAAAGUCACAUCUGGCUUUCACUCCAAAUCAAGGCCUGGCAAAGAAGCAAAAGAAUAAUCAGAUAUUCAGCUUCUAAACAUUUAAUCCACUUUUUUUGUUACAGUAGGUGCCAAGAGGAAGUCAUAAAUCGGUGUAAUAGAUUGGGGCGUCAAAGCCAAAGAACAUGAAGUUGAUCAAUCCCAAUCGAUAGAGGAGCUGAUUUUUGUUUUGUUUAUGACAGUAAAACAUUCUUAUGGCUAUAACAUUUGUUAGCGCCUUCAAUUCUUGCACAUUUUAUCAUAAAAAUGUAUGUUUCAACACCGAACUGCUAAACUUGGAAUCAAUCAGAACUCCUGUACAUACCCCUUGUGAUCAAUGCAGCCAAUGGCCUGCUCCUAAGAUGUAAACAGAGCCUGGUGAAAACUCAAGCUGCUGUCUGUCUGUGUGUGAUGAGCUCCCAAAGACUGAAAUAAGAUACAUAUGUUUUCGAGUGCACUUGAAAUAUGCAGCAUGCGAUAUGAAUUGUCUUGAUCGUACGAAGACGCAACUCCGUUGACCAUUUUACCAAUUUAUUGAAAGUUAGCCAAUGUUAGUUUGACUAGCCUAGCCAGCUACUGUAACCGUCAAUGUGCCUGCUCAGGAGGCUAGUGUUUCAUUAGCUGUCUCUGUCAGUGAAUGACAUUUUUCGAACCAUGUUUUGUCAUUAUUAUUUGUCUCAUUUCAAGUAACUAUCUGCAGGCUUGAAGAAACAUUAAAUCAUAUACCUUGCAAACCCAAAUAAAA